GAAAGAGGGACGAAUGAUUGGGGGCGGGAUCAGAGGAAGGGAAUGGCUGGGCGGGCAGAGUCCCUGGAAAAUCCAGGUGCCCCUCCCUCCAAGACUAGAGCAGAGAGAAGACGCCUCGUCCCCUUCCGUUCCUUCAGCUCUUUUGGAAGAGAUGGACUUGCAAGACUCUGUUGGUGCUGAAGCUGGGAAACAGCUGGACGCCAUGGAGGGAUGGAGGAAGGAGGACUUCCCAGAAGGAACAGCACAGACCAACCUGCAUGGGGACUCUCUCUGCACAGAGGUUCAGCGUCAGCAUUUCCGGCAGUUCUGUUACCAGGAAGACGAAGGGCCCCGGGCAGUUUGUAGCCAACUGCCCCACCUUUGCUGUCAGUGGCUGAAGCCAGAAAAACACACCAAGGCGGAAAUCCUGGACCUGAUCAUUCUCGAACAGUUCCUGACUGUCCUCCCACCAGAGAUGAGGAUCUGGGUCAGAGAAUGCAUGCCGGAAUCCACUUCCCAGGCCGUGUCCCUGGCGGAAGGUUUCCUCCUGAGCCAGAGAGUGGAGAAGAAGCAGGAGGAGGAGCUGGAACCUUCUCAAUUGGUCACUGGUUUCCCUCAGGCCGUAGACACUCCUUCAUAUCCAGGAUUGACCCAUCUCCUUCUGAAGGAUACGCGAGAGGAAGAUGGAGGGCCUGCCUUACCAAGUAAGAAACCAGACAGUGGAAAUGCAUUGGGGACAGAUCCUCACUCCUCUCUUUGUGGAGAAAUGGAAACAACACGCAAGCAGCCAGAACAGGGUCCGGUCGCCUUUGAGGACAUCGCUAUGCAUUUCUCCGAGGAGGAGUGGGCGCUGCUGGAUCCGGGCCAGAGGGCUCUGCACUGGGAAGUCAUGGUGGAGAAUUUUGCCCACGUGGUGUCUCUGGCUCCUGGUGUGGGAGAGAGGAAGGGUGAGGAAGAACCUCUUCAGGUGUUGGAAAAAGGAGAGGAGAAGGAGAAGAAGCCCCAGAAGAUGAAGACUGAAACCGAGAUGAAGAAGAAUGAAUCCUUUUUUUCUCCGCAUGGAAGUUUUCACGAAACUCCAUUCAAAGAGAAAAUGGAUGAAAGCAGCAAAAGCUACAAGUGCUCAGUGUGCAAGAAAGUUUUCGGCUCUCAAGCCAGUCUAAACGCUCAUUGGAAGGUCCAUGUCGGGCGCAGGCUCUUGCAGCGCUCAGAAUACAGCACGAUAUUUUUAAACAAAUCAUCCCCUGAAAAAGAUCUGAGAACAGGCAGAGGAGAGAAGCCGUUUGGAGACUUGGACCGUGGAAAGAGCCUCACUCCGAGCGCCGAUCUUUUUUGUCGUAAGAUCAUUCACAUGGGAGAGAAAUCGUUUGAGUGCCUGGCGUGUGGGAAGCGGUUCAGCCGCAAUACCCACCUCGCUGACCACGUGCGGAUCCACACGGGGGAGAAGCCGUUCACCUGCUUGGAAUGUGGGAAGAGGUUCAGCCACAGCACCCACUUGGCUUACCACAUGCGAGUCCACACUGGGGAGAAGCCGUUUAAGUGCUCGCUGUGUGGGAAAAGCUUCAGUGUGAGGAGCAACCUUAAUUCCCAUCAACGCAUCCACACCGGGGAGAAGCCUUUCAAAUGCCCCACCUGUGGAAAGUGCUUCAGCCACAGUGGGAGCCUCACAUUCCAUCAUCGAAUCCAUACGGGAGAGAAGCCCUUCGAAUGCGUGGAGUGCGGGAAGACCUUCCGUGACAGAAGCAGCCUGAGUUCCCAUCAAAGGACUCACACAGGGGAGAAACCCUUUAAAUGCCUGGAGUGUGGGAAGAGCUUCAGCCAGAGCACCCACCGUGCUUCCCAUAUGAGAGUCCACACGGGGGAGAAACCGUUUGAGUGCUUGGCAUGCGGGAAGCGCUUCAGCCGCAGCACGAACCUUGCUUGCCAUAUGAGAAUCCACACAGGGUGCAUUUGCGUUUGUCCAUCUGUUGUCCGAAGAAAAGGAAACCCAUUCUUUUCCAUUCCUUCCAUUCUGGAAGAGAUGAAAAUGGAAGACUCUUUUGGGUCUGAAACUGGGAGGCAGUCGGUUGACAUGGAGGUUUGGAGCGAUGAGGAAUUCCCAGAAGAAGGAACCGCACAGAAUAAACCAGAUGAGGACAAUCUCAGCCCAGAAGUCCAGCGUCAGCAUUUCCGGGACUUCUGCUACCAGGAGGAUGAAGGGCCCCGGGCGGUUUGUAGUCAGCUUCAUCAUCUCUGCUGCCAGUGGCUGAGGCCAGAGAAACACACCAAGGCGGAGAUGUUGGACUUGGUGAUCCUUGAACAGUUCCUGAUGGUCCUUCCAUCUGAAAUGGGGAGCUGGGUCAGAGAAUGUGGACCGGAAUCCACUUCCCAGGCUGUAUCCCUGGCGGAAGGUUUCCUCCUGAGCCAGAGAGUGGAUAAAAAGCAGGAGGAGCAGCUGGCAGCAGAUUCUCUGUCAGACCCAAGCCGGAGGCCUCUGCUCCUGAAGGAGGCACAAGAGAAGAGAAGAGCAGCUACCUUAGCAGGCACUGGAAACACGCUGAGGACAGGCCCUCCCUCGUCUCUUUGUGGAGAAAUGGAGACGGCAUCUCUGUGGCCGGAACAGGGUCCAGUAGCCUUUGAGGACAUCGCUGUCUAUUUCUCGGAGGAGGAGUGGGCGCUGCUGGAUCCGGGCCAGAGGGCUCUGCACCGGGAAGUCAUGGAGGAGAAUGUGGCCACCAUGGUGUUUCUGACUCCUGGAGUGGGAGAGAGCGGGUCCGAGGAAGAACCGCUUGAUGUGUGCUUGGAGGAGGGGGAAGAGGAGAGGAGAAGGAGCAGAACCGAAGAAGAGAGGUUUCCUGGAGCUUUCCGUGAAAUCUCUCUCCAAGGAGAAAUAGUCCGAAACAAAGAAAGACACGAGUACUCUGCGCCCAAGGAAACCUUCAACUAUCAGACCAGUGUGAAUGCUCCCUGGGAGAUCCACCAUGAGAGGAAAAUGAUUGAGUGCUCAGAAUACAAUGAAGAUUUCUGUGAUGCUUCAUCCUCGGAAAGAGAUCUGGCCAUGCAAAGAGAAGAGGGACCUUUUAUAUAUGUGGACUGUGAAAACAGCAUCAGCCAGAGCACAGACCUGAUUUUGCCUGGGGGAAUUCAAACUGAGGAGAAACAGUUCAAAUGCUUGGUCUGUGAAAAAAGCUUUUAUGACAGAAGCACCCUUACUUCCCAUGAAAGAAUCCAUACGUGGGAGAAGCCGUUUGAAUGCUUGGAAUGUGGCGAGUGCUUCAGUCACAGCGGAAGUCUGAAUUUCCACCACAGAGUCCAUGCGGGAAAGAAACCCUUCGAAUGCAUGGAAUGUGGGAAGGACUUCAGUCAGAGCACAAAACUUGCCAUCCAUAUGAGAAUCCACACAGGGGAGAAACCCUUUGAAUGCCCGGAAUGUGGGAAGAGGUUCAGUCACAACCCGAGCCUCGUGCGCCACAUGAGUAUCCACACGGGGGAGAAGCCGUUUACCUGCUCGGAGUGUGGAAAGAGCUUCAGUCAGAGCAGAUACCUCGCAUCCCACAUGAGGAUCCACACCGGGGAGAAGCCCUUUACCUGCUUCGAAUGCGGGAAGAGCUUCAGUGAUAGAAGCACCCUUACGUCCCACCAAAGAAUCCACACGGGGGAGAAACCCUUUGAGUGCUCAGAGUGCGGGAAAAGGUUCAGUCACCACCCAAGCCUUGCACGUCACAUGAGUAUCCACACUGGGGACAAACCGUAUACAUGCCCAGAAUGUGGGAAGAGCUUCAGUCGGAGAAGCUACCUUGCUGCCCAUAUAAGAAUCCACACAGGAGAGAAACCCUUCAUGUGCUUGGAAUGCGGGAAGAGCUUCAGUGACCGAAGCACUCUGAGUUCCCAUGAAAAAAUCCACACAGGGGAGAAACCCUUUGAAUGCUUAGAAUGUGGAAAGUGCUUCCAUAAGAGAAGCCGGCUGAAUUCCCAUCGACGAAUCCACUCCGCGGACAAACCGUUCGAGUGCUCGGAGUGUGGGAAGUGCUUCCCUCACAGCACAAACCUGGCUUCCCAUAUGAGGAUCCACCUUGAGGACAAGCCGUUCCCCUGCUUGGAAUGCGGAAAGAGCUUCCUGGAUCGGAGCAACCUAAGUCGCCAUCAGAGAGUCCACACAGGGGACAAACCGUUUACUGGCAUGUGGGAGGCACUUCAGACAUGGACCCAGCCUUCGUUCUCGUACGAGAAUUCGUAUAGUGAAGAAACCUUUUAAAAGCUUGCCACGUGAGAAGACUUUCCAUCCAGGUGCAAGCUUUUAUUCUCACGUGACAAAUUCAUACAGAGGAGAUAAAAUGUUUUAAGUGUUUGGAGUUUUGGGAAGUGUUUCAGUCAGAGGACACACCUUGCUCUCUCACGAGAAUCCCCACUGGGGAGAAACCAUUUGCACCUUGGAACGUGGAAAGAGCUUCAGUCACAGCACAGUCCUUGCCCCUCAGAUGAGAAUCUCCACUGGGGAGGAACUUUGUACGUCUUCGGCAUGUGGACACGUACUCCAGUCAAUGUGCAAACCUCACUUAACUUAGAACUGCCAAGAUGGAAGGGACCCUGUGGAUCACUGUCCAGGAGGCACAGUGGAGGAAUCGAAAUCCCGACCUCUCGCUGCGCAGCCAGAUUCUUACAGACGAACCCGUAGAAAGAGACGCUGCAGAAGUUUGAGGAGCGUGCAGAGACCUCUGGGCAGGACGUCAUCAAAGGAUCCUCAUAGUUGAGAAUAACGUAGAUAUUUUUCCAUAGGCUGAGCUUUGCAAGUGCUUAAUAUAUAGGUGGGAGAUAUAAUCAUAUACUGUAGAGAUAAUGGAGAGGGAAAUAUAUUGGUCCCUCUAAUGAAGUAGGGUUAGGGUGCAUCCUCUGAGUUUAUAAUUUCGGAGGUCUCUUACAUUCUUCUCACCUUCUUUUUCCCUUUCCUCCCCCUCAACACUAAGAACGUCAGAAUAAUUGUUUUUCUCUGUACAAAAGGUGCUCUAGCGAUUUACUUCUUUCAUCCUUCCUUCUUUCCUUCUGGUUCCACAGCCCCCUUUUUACAGGGGGACGCAUUGAACCAUGCAAAACCACGGUUAAUUUCGCUUUUCGGCCAUAGCUGUAGGAGACCCUGUGAAGUCCAUGGGUCCUUGGACAGUUCAGAGCAGACUUUUUCUGCAUUCACAGCAAGGCAGCUGUUCAACGGAUGCUGAGAAGGUGGAUUUUGUUACCAGGUACACUCUCAGAUCACAUGUGUGAAUGUGUUCGGAGACACACCCAUGAAGGAGCCUUGAACCACGGCAAUAGUGCAUCUUGACACAGAUUGGGCUGAGUAGAUCUCUCUCACACACACAACUAUUCACAAGGGGGAAUUGUAUUGAAUACUGUGAAAGUUCAGCCUCAGCUCCCCAUAUUCUUCUCCCAUGGACAGAAACCCCAUUCUGUUUCUUGCUUCAAACCAAUAACUUUUACUGUAAAACUGCUUGGCAUCAACACCUUCGAACGAUUCAAUUCUUCUCUUCUCUUUCCAAUGGGAGCAAGGAAAGGCUUGUCUUAUUCCCUGAAAUGUCCCCUUUCUCCAAGUUUGAGAUAAUUCUGGUUUAAUGUCUCAUGUGGGUCCCCAAGCAAUGGCAGGUGAAGUGCGUUGACUCUACCCCACACUGUCUCCCUUCUGGGUCUUUCAUUCCUGAGAUGUAGCUCCUCACCACCUGGUGGGUGGUUGACCGCAGUUGGGUGAGAGGUUCUCCAUUCUGCCCUCUCUCUUCCUCUGUGCCUCUGUGAGGUCAUUUCUUCUUUUAUUUUCCUGUUCCAGUCCCUCUUUUCCCACUGUCCACAAUACGAUGGCUUCCUGAAGAAGGGGGCAGUAAUUCCUUUUUUUUCUUGACUUCCUCUCUGCGUAACAUCUGCAUCCAUGGGGUUUUCCAUCCUUCAGGUAAAACACGCUCCUCUUUUCUUGACUUCUCCUAUACCAGCUUUUAUUUCUGUAGUCUUCCCUUCUCUUUCUGCCCCUAUUUAUUUCUCUUCCUUGUACAGUGGAACCUUGACUUACGA